UCGAUACAAAAGUCGAUGUGUUAUCAAAGCAAAAACUAAUUGUUUUUCCGAAUAGGUGCAUAGGUCGGUGUCCCAAUACGAAUUGAACACAAAAAUUGCGCAAAAUCGAGAGGAUUGUUCAAACUACACAGCAGCAAGCUUAUAUAUUUUUAGCAGGAGUAGCAGGACAAGACUCAUACAUAUCGACUGCGAAGCAGAGAAUCAGCGCACACCAACGAGCAUUUAUUCAGCUCCUGCAAAAUUCCUCAGUAGUCUCCUCUAUUCACACGUGAUCAAUUCGAAAAAAUGGAACUUACCAAGUCUGUGAUGUUUAUUUUUGGAUAUCUUUGCGUGGCUUGCUCCAGCUUACCAGCGCACCGGAAAGUGGAUGAGAUCACUCCGAUUGAAGCAUAUGGAGAUCAACCCAUUAUAGAUACAGGAGUGUUCGACGGUUGGGAGAAUCCAUUUUCCAGCAAUCCUUUUGGAGGGCUGUUUGGAAGUCUAGAUGGUAUCAUGGAGCGAAUGAGGCAACAGAUUGCUUCCAUUUUGAACAGGCUUCCUAUCGGUAAAGCUAGUAAUGAUACUGAAGUAUUGUCGUUCCCGGGUGGAUUUGAACAGCCAGCAUUCCCAUCAAUCAGUGGCAUCGAUCUGUCCAAAGGAAACACUACUUCUAUAACAAAGGUCAUCGACGGUCAUAAAGUAGUGAUCAAUGAGACAGAAUAUAAAAACGAGGAUGACUUCGGGGGGACUUUCUUUAAAGUCCGAAUCAUCGACGUGAAAUCAGACAGUAGUGAAGUGACGACCGAGAAAGAAGCCGAAGCAUUACCUGAAAACACCACACAAAAAGAUAGAGAAGAAAUAGCCAACAGUAUGGAGAAUGAAAUAUUCAAAUCGAGAGAGGCUGAAGUAGCAGGAAACGAAGAUGAAUUAGCUAAAAAUACUUUAGAAGAUAACGUGGAUGAAUUCAAUAUGGAAAAAUACAAAAACCUAGAAACUUUUGACGAGGAACUUUUAUUCGAAAACGAAGAUGAAGACAUUCAAAGUAAUACGAAGCCAAACCCAAAAUAUCCGUCCAAUUCUAACACGGAAUGGAACAAGAAUAAUAUCACUUUGGAAGCAUCUGUUCCUAGCAAUGUUAUAUUUGACGAUGAGAACACUAUCACAUCAGAUGGCCACGAUGCAGUAGAUGCAGCAGUAAACCCAAUCAGCUUAAGCAGUGAUACUUAUGUUAACGAAAUAUUGGCUAAAAACCAAGGAAGAUUAAAUCCAGAUGCAGAGCAAAUCUUUGAUAAUUGGGUCGUUCCAAGAUAACUUAUCAUCAAAUUGGAAUAAGCGCAUUUUGGUUAACAGAGACUGAUUUUUAUUUAUUUAUUUUCAUUCAUUUCACUACUUAUGUAGCACGGGAUGCAAAACGAACCGCCUAAUUUGCCAUUUUCAUAUUCGGAAAUACAUUUAUUUAUGAUAAUAAAGCUGAAAAAUGU